AAAAGAAAGAAAUUGAGAGGCCCCUUAGAUGGUAAGGGUCAGAGAAAGGGUGAAAUUGUUAAAGAAAAAAGAAAGGGUGGAAAUAGAAGAGAAAGUAAAAUCUUAGGGCGAGAGGAGAAAAAAAGAAGAAGAAAAGGGCAGAGAGAGAGAGAGUGGAGGAAGCGGUUGGCUUGGUCGUCCCGCAACUGGAACAAGGGACAAGACAUGACUUGAGAGAGUCAGUUGGUCGGACGCCAAUAGACUCAAAAUUGAAACUCGUACGGUUCAAUAAUCGAUUUAGCUUUACAAGAUCUCGUCGGCGGAUUCGACGAUGAAUAAUAAUAAUAAUAAUAAUAGGGUAUUUUUCUGGGGAGAUGUAACUGUGUAUGAGGGAGGAGCCUGGGCCACCGCUACAUCGAUUCUCUUAAUAUAUCUCUUUCGUAUCUUGUUCAAGUUUCGCUUCUUUUCUUCUCCUUCUCCCUCUCCCUCUCCUUCCAUUGCCGACUCUGUUUCCCAUCCCCAAAUCCAAUCAUCAAGGACACUUAGAAGAGUUGUUUGUGAUGAAGAUUUGAAAUGGCUGAUCCAAAACUUGGAGGGAAGCAAAGAGGCGUGGGAACAUGUUAUCCACAAAUCCAACCAUCGCCUUUCUUACUCCGCUAAACGCUGCAACCCUAACGAUGGUGGUCCAAUGAAGUACCUAAGUGUUACUGUAUUUGAGGAUUGCUCCCCUGAGAUGUUGAAGGACUUUUACAUGGACAACGAUUUUAGGAAGCAAUGGGAUAAGACUGUCGUUGCUCAUCACCAACUUCAAGUUGAUAGCAAUACCGGAAUUGAGUUUGGUCGCACUAUCAAAAAGUUCCCCUUGUUGACAUCAAGGGAGUACGUCCUUGCCUGGAAGUUGUGGCAGGGAAACAAGGACAACUUCUUCUGUUUCACUAAGGAAUGUGAUCAUGAUUUGGUACCGCGACAGAAAAAGUAUGUCCGUGUCAGUCACUUUAGAUCUGGUUGGCGGAUCAGCAGAGUUCCGGGAAGAAAUGCUUGUGAGAUCAAAAUGUUCCACCAGGAAAAUGCAGGGUUAAAUGUUGAGAUGGCCAAGCUCGCUUUCUCUAAAGGCAUUUGGAGUUACGUUUCUAAGAUGGACAACGCGUUUCGUAAUUACGUUGCAAUCACUCACAGACCCCAAGGGUCCGUUUUAUCUGCCCUCACCUUAAUCGCAGAGGUUCCAUCAGAGUUGGAAAGCCAGACAGUGGAUGUCACAGCCUCCAUGGGAACUAACGGUGGUGAAAGAAUAUCGACUCAAGUAGCUAUACAGAAGAAGAAGAAGAUAUUGAGAAAGCCGUCAAAGAAACUGAUAGCAAAAGGUCUGGUCCUUGUGGGUGGUGCUGCUAUCUGUUUGUCACGUGGUCACUCGGCCUUGGGUGCUAAAGUAGCAUUGGCUUACCUCUUGACCAAGCUCAACAAACGUGCUACUCCUCUCAAGCAGCAGACCACCCACAACUCCAGUAUUUAAAAGUAAGAACCCAACCCCCUUGUCAUUGGGAUUGGGGGUUACAUUAAAAUGACUCAAAACCACAUGAAUUCUGAUAGGUUUUUUUGUCUUACAAAGUGUGUUGUACCCUUUAGCUGGAAGAUAUGCAUUCAUAUGGAUGUAAUAGUUUAUAUGUGAAUCAGACAAAGUUCUACAAUUGUCUUUGAUAUAAUGGAAUUUAGAUGUCA